AUGAAAAUGAAGAACUUAUUCAGGAUUUGGGACAGAAGUCAAACAGUCUACGAAAUCGACCAAAAGAACAAUUGCAGGAAAAAAAAAAUCGGAAAACUAAGGGCUAUUUAUAAAAUCUUAGGCCAUGCCAGCAAGAGGGACAACAUCAUGUUGGGUGUUAGCAUAUUUUCUGCCUUCGCUAUCGCAUUCGUCGCUCCAAUCGCAAUGUACACGCUAAUCGCACCAGUCCUAAAUGUCUUCCUCAAACUAGAGACACCAGGAAAUCCAUACCACAUCAACAUGACUGCAGAGAUUCCCAUGGUAAGAUUCUAUGGCUAUGGAUACUGCGCUAUUGGAGUGGUCACAUUAUUUUUGAGCAUCAUUCAGAUUAUGGCUUCUGAGAUAGCUUCUCGUAACAUAACGUCCAAAAUUAAGACUGCCUACCUAUCGAAGAUGCUGUCGAUAGAGACUGCCUGGUACGACAGAUCACAAGAACAAUUUGUCUACACUGUCUCGCAUGAUUUGCAAAAGAUGAUUGUCUUAUUCGACACUGAAAUGACUAAUGCAGCUGAAAUGGUUUCAUAUUUUAUUUUUGGCUGCAUAUCUGGCAUCGUCGUUUCGUGGAGGGUGGCACUUCUGUCCCUUGGAUUGAUGUUGCUUACUAUGUUGGCCCUCUACUUUAUUCUGCAAGCAUCCAAAAAGAAAGCAAAUUUGCAGCAAGACUUUGUUAAAAAAUGCACAAAAAUUACCUCCGAAGUACUCGGAAAUGCUCGUACUGUUGCUGCAUAUGGUGGUGAAUAUGAAGAAAUCAAAAGGUACAAGAGUACAUUAAAGAUGGCUAACAAGUAUGGAUUACAACACAUUACAGUGAUCUCUGCAGGAAAAGCAUUCACUUAUUUCCAAUUGUGCAUUAUCUAUAUAGUUGCUUAUUACUUUUCCGUAAGGCUGUAUCUCAUGGAUGAUUUCGAUCCCGCCUUCUUAGCGGUGAUUUUAACAGUACAAAUUAAUUCAUUGUACAACUGUUCAUACAUGCUGAGUACUGUUUCUGAUAUCUACAUGGUGUUGGAUUCAGUACAGAGGGUGACAAACUUCCUCGACACAGAAACUAGCUAUAGCAAAUCUAUGGAACAUGGCAUCGAACCUAACACAUUUAAGGCUGACAUCUCUUUCAGAAAUGUUCAGUUCUCCUAUCCAACAAACUUAUACACAAAGGUGCUUCAUGAUUUAACAUUGGACAUUGAGCCUGGUAAAGUCACAGCGGUUGUAGGAACUAGCGGUACUGGCAAAAGUACAAUUGUAAGCCUGAUUUCGCGCCUCUAUGAUCCUAUUGCUGGACAGAUCCUUAUUGGGGGAGUGGAUAUAAAAAAACUGAAUGUCAGUUGGCUAAGAAAUCAAAUUGGUGUUGUAACACAGGAACCUACUCUAUUCGAUACUUCGAUAGAGGAGAACAUCAGGUAUGGAAAAACUACAGCAACUUUAGAAGAGAUCAUCGAAGCAGCAAAAAUUUCAAAUGCUCAUGGUUUUAUAGAGAAACUACCUUCGGGUUAUGCUUCAAUUGUUGGGGAAAGAGGAACAAAACUUUCUGGAGGUCAGAAACAGAGGAUUGCCAUUGCAAGGGCCAUCGUCAGGAAGCCCAAACUGCUCCUUCUUGACGAAGCCACUUCUGCGCUGGAUACUCAUUCAGAAGGCAUUGUACAAGAAGCCCUGGAUAAUGCUAUGCGUGGGAGGACAACGGUGAUCGUUGCUCACAGAAUGUCGACAGUAAAGAAGGCUGAUGUUAUAUAUGCCAUGAAAGAAGGACGUGUCGUAGAAAAGGGCACACAUAGUGAGCUGAUGGAACUUGGAGGAUAUUAUUACUCUUUAGCCAUGAUUCAAGAACUUGAAGAAAAGGACAAAGUUGUUACAAUAAAUCACAAAGAUGUAUCUAGAGAGGAAUCGGUUGAAGAAACUAUACCAUUUGUUGAGGAAAAUAUGGAGUUUUCACAGGAUAAGAAAAAACUGCGACUGACAACGAAAAACAUUAAAAUGAUGUUAGUAUCGUUCUUCGCCAUUCUGUUCGCUACCAUUACGUCAACAUUUCUUUCCAUUUUUCACUACAUAUUUAGUUUGUUAUGUCAGUCAUUCACGUACGCCAGAGAUGAAAUAAUGCAUGUAGCAAUGGUUGAUAUCGGUUAUCUCUUUGGACUGGCCGUAAUUACAUUCUUCUCAGUGAUUUUUUCUGAUAUGUUUUCAACUAUUGCAACUCAAAUAUGGUUGGGAAAACUGCAGAAAAAAGCUUUCAAUAAAAUAGUUUCUAUUGACAUAAGUUGGUUCGACUGGAGAGGAAACUCUCCCAACGAAUGCCUUGAAAUAUUGACGAACACCCCUUCCCUUAUCGAAUCAGUGACUGGAGAUAGGGCAGCUCAUGUUUUAAUCUUCGUGCUGUCUUUAGUAUUCACCGUCGUCUAUUCGUUCUUGGUCAGCGUAAGUGUAUCACUGGCAAAUUUACCACUUUUCCUGAUCAUCAUCAUCCUCAACUGUUUGAGAUUGAAGACAAGAGAUGCUGACGCUCGGGUCGCCGCCCUCACAACUAGGUCGACCAAGGUAGCUACAGAAUACGUUCAAAGUGUCAAAACAAUCCAAAUACUUAACUGCCAGAAGUAUGUGGUAAACCAGUAUCAGGAAAUGCUUGCGCGUUCUAAGAAGGAAGCAAUGGGCAGCAUCGCUUGGUAUGCAGUUGUUUAUAGUUUCUCUAAGACGUUGAUAAGAUGGACAUUGGCCAUAUUAUUUUUCUAUGGAGUCGAUGUUAUUGCGAGAGAUAAUAAUGUUCGUGGAACAUUACUCAUUGGCGUUGCAUUUACUCUGAGCGUGGCAUCCUCGUUGAUUGGACCUGCCUUGGUCGCGACGAGCAACUAUCCCUCGGCAAGGCAGGCGAUCAAGCAACUCUACAGAAUCGCCUAUUCUAGAAAAGUCCUCAAUACAUUGACGGAUGAAGGGAUUAAACCAGAAAUAAGAGGAAACGUUGAAUUCCAAGAUGUGAUGUUCUCUUAUCCGACAAGGGAAAAAGUCCAAGUUCUCAAAAGGCUGAACCUCAAGAUUGAAGCAGGGAAGACGGUAGCUCUAGUAGGGGACUCUGGGUGCGGCAAAUCGACUAUCGUCUCACUUCUGGAGAGGUUCUAUCUUCCCAAUGAAGGGAAAAUCUUGAUCGACGGCAACGAUAUCAAUGAUAUAAACGUGAGAUAUUUGCGAAGUCAGAUGGGUCUCGUUUCGCAAGAGCCAGUCUUAUUUGAUAUGACAAUAAAGGAAAAUAUCCUUUAUGGUUUGGAAGAUGAGGUUACAAUGGACAAGAUCAUAGAAGCUGCGAAAAUAGCAAACAUCCACGACUUUAUAAUGAAACUUCCCCAGGCUUACGAGACAUCGGUCGGAGAAAGGGGUUCGAAGCUAUCGGGAGGACAGAAGCAGAGGAUCGCCAUUGCUAGAGCAGUCCUCAGGAACCCCAAGAUAUUACUUCUGGACGAGGCUACUUCUGCGUUGGAUACAGAGAAUGAGAAGGUUGUGCAGGAAGCUCUGGAGAACGCCUCUGUCGGUAGGACCACUAUCGUGAUAGCUCACAGACUGUCGACGAUCCGUAAGGCAGACAAGAUAGUGGUCCUCCAGUCUGGCGUGGUAGUAGAGGAAGGGAACCACGAACAGCUGAUGGAGAGGAGAAGCCACUAUUUUAACAUGAUUAAUAGAUAA